AUGGCAGCCAAAAUAGGAGCCUCGAAAAUUAUCAAUUCGACCGUCUCUGCGGCCCAGAACUCCCCGGUCAAGGAAUGGCUGGUGCUCUUUCCGGACUCACCUGGUGUUCUUAGUCGACGCCUAGAAAUCCGUCCACGUCACUCGCCCAAUUUCGUGCGUCUACAUAACGAGGGCUGGGUCUCAUGGGCCGGUCCCGUUUUUGAAAAACAUACUUUUGCUGGGAACCCGAGACGCCCCUUCAAGGGUUCCGUCAUGGUUGUGAAUGAUGUAUCCAAGGAGGCUAUUUGGGAGCGCUUGAAGGGGGAUCCGUAUGUGCAGGAGAAAAUUUGGGAUAUGGACAAAGCACAAGUGAUCCCAUUUAUUACAAAGUUCCGAAAGAUGCCACAGAAGUAG